CUCUGCAGGACACCGGCCCUCCAGGACCGAGUUUGGGCACCCCUGGCCUACAGCUAGACCUACUACAUUUGUUUAAUCCCUGGUGAAAACAAUGUGUGGGGGCCAUCAUAGCCUCUGGACCAGAUGGAGUUCACGCAUUUUGGAUAGCUCUGCUUAAUAUCUCACUGUCAAUGGUUGCAGUUGGUAGAAAUGCUGCCACUAGAGGGGCCUCUAUACAACGAUCACAAAGAAAGAGACAGCAAAAGAACACGCGAAUAACCUGACGUCACCCGCAGCAACAGCACGUGUUUGAUUACGUCAGUGCGAACAGGAAAAGAAUAAAAUGGAGGAGUACGCGAGGGAACCAUGCCCCUGGAGGAUAGUGGAUGACUGUGGGGGCGCCUUCACCAUGGGGGCCAUAGGUGGUGGGAUCUUUCAGGCCGUCAAAGGCUUUAGAAACUCUCCUUCUGGAAUUAAUCACAGAAUGAGGGGUAGCUUGACAGCCAUAAGGACCAGAGCUCCACAACUAGGAGGAAGCUUUGCUGUGUGGGGUGGCCUCUUCUCCAUGAUUGAUUGUGGGCUGGUCAAGGUGAGGGGCAAAGAAGACCCCUGGAACUCAAUCACAAGUGGAGCCAUGACAGGAGCCAUUUUAGCAGCAAGAAGUAAGUCAAAUCCCAAAGAAAUGUGGAUAAUGUUGUGGUCAAGUGAGUUAGGUGCUAAAUCAUGCCAGUUUAUAAAUAUGACCCCUUCAGUG